AUGCAAAAAUACUGGAUCAUCGAUGCUGAUAAACCAAAUCUGGAAACAUGCCAUUUGAUGAAAGGUCAUUCCGAGCAUCGUUCGAACGCAUGGCGACCGGAAGAGGUGUUUCGGACGUGCGUACAAGCGUUGGAAGGACGUUGUUCACGUCGUAGCAAACAAAUCCAUGAACAGAAACUUGCCGUCAAGGAAUUUGUUGCCAAGGUGGAAAUUAUUCUGCUUAACGAACUCGGUCGAACCUUGGAAACUGCGAAUGAACCGGAUAGACGUUUGAUUUCAAGGCUGAACCGGGCCUUACUAUCCUAUGAUUCUAACGAUAUCGGCAUCUAUCAUGUCCCGUCACCAUCUCGACCCGCUUGGAAGACGUGGAAUUUGGAUCAAGAGGAUCCGGUGAAGAUGAUGCAAGUGGUGGAUACCGUAUCCGAAUUGUUGCAAUUGCCACGAGAGGAGAGCUAUGAAGAGGAAGAGAUCGCCUUAAAGCCUCGGAGCGAAUGGAACCCGCGUCAUGUGGCCGAAAUUAUCGCCACAUCGCUUGGAGCAAAAAUUCCCGCCGAUACGUCGAGUCUUUUCUCCCGAGCAACAUCACCGGAUAGGAAAUCGGAUGUAUGUGAGAUGGACAACGGUAGGAGGAGAGGGAACAGCGUUGACUCGUUCCGUAGGACAAUGCCAUUAGAGCCGAAUGUUUUUGUCCGGGAUCGCCCUUCUACGAUGUCUUUUCGCGAGCGAUCCGUGCCAUCUGAGGAUACGCAUACUCUACAUAGCCUUGGAUCACCAGCUCCAUCCCAUACCAGCGCUGAUUCGAAACCUGGUUCAGUUAUGUCAUCGAUACCCGCAUAUCCGUGUGAUCAGUCGUUUGGCAGUGCAGGAUCGUCCACCUCACAAGCGGUCACACCAACUCCAUUCACCGUGAACGGCUCAGCGACUGAAGGGAGUUCAUCGACCGAACAGAACAAUGGACAAAAUGAACGCGUACGAGUUUUCGGGAAAAAUUUCCUCACUCGUCCGAUUUGUGUGCAGGCGUUCUCGACCAAGACCCUUCAGAAUCAUAUAGCUGUUUCAGAUAGUUGCGGAGGCGUCUACAUCACUGACACUAAUGGAAACAUCAAAGAGCAUGUGCUUGUGAAAAAUUCCUCGGCUAGUUCGGUUGCUGUGGAUGAAAAAAACGACGUAAUGUAUGUGAGUAUAAUGCAAUCGAAAGGAAGAUCUGUUCACGUAUUCGACAUUGCUAACGGUUUCAAAAAACUAGACAUAAUUGUGUGCCCGAAAGAUCCCAAGGUGGAAAUGAGUCGAACUCGAUGGCUUACGGUUGGACCACGUGGUCAACUUUUUAUGGUUAGCGGUGACAAUGUGAAAAGUGCCUUAUGGUGCUACGUCAGGGCUAGGAAGGCUUGGAAAACACUUAAAGAAUCAAGGAAAACUCGAUAUCAAUAUUUGAGUGUGGCUGAGGAUCAAGCCGAGUACAAAGCCGUCGUGCUGCUAACGUGCGAUGCGGCAAAUAAUCGACUUCUACUUUUCGUCAUCGACCACACCAUUUCGCUGAUUAACGAAUAUGAUCUGAGUAAAACCUAUCGGCUCUCCGAGCAUAUAAGUAGCCCUGCAUCUGCUAUCGUGGAUGAGCACGGGAAUCUUCUUGUGUUGGACUACGCUAACGGGAAACUUUGGAUUCUCCUCUCUGGCGUGAAGGGGGUCCGCCGUCUCAAGGAAAUCCAUUUCGACGAUCCGCUACGCGCACAAGAAGCGCUGGGAAUCAGCGCCUGUGGCGAUGACGUCUACGUGGCGUGUUUCAAUCGAUGCGAGGUUCGAAUCGCACCAUACCUUGAGGGCGGAGUAUUCACAGCUUUAAGUUCGUGUACCGUUCGUACGUCGUCAUCGUCGAAACAGCCGCAACGUAGCAGCAGCCUACCACGACCGCCCGAGAGUCAAGUAUAA